AUGCGUCAAAAGACAUUUCUUAUCGGCCUCGCUACGCUGGCAACCACUGCCACCGUUGUAGCGAUCCCAACUCAGGUGCCGACUGAUGCACCGAUCGGCCUUCCUAUCGGUGCUCCAACCAAUUCCGACAACGUUACUUUCGAAGCCCAGGUCUGCCCAAGGGGGAAACGAAUCACUUGGCAAGGAGGAGCUUUACCUCUUGGGAAGACGGUGGUGGUUGUUGGUGGCCCUUCGAGACUUACGAGUGCGCUUGCAUCCGACACUGACGUGUUCUCGACUCAAGACGUAUGUUCCGUUCGCCUAAGCAUUGGAUCUCGAUACACGAUGACUGUAUCGAUCAAGACGGUACCACAAGACGGUACCACAAGAUGA